GCGGCGCGUGCGCGGCGGCAUCAGCCGGAGCAGCGCGGGUCGGCGCGGAGGCGAGCGGGGCCCCUUCGCCGCCGGGGCUCGGAGGAUGCUGCCGCUGCUGCUCUGGCUGCUGCUGCUGCCGCCGCCCGCGCGAGCCCCGAGCCGGCCGCCGGCUGCCCCGCGCGGGUCGGAGGUGGCGGUGCUGAGCCUGGGGCUGCGGGGAUCCCCUCUGCGGGAGGUCAGCCCGGCUUUCCUGUCUCUCACGCUGGAUGCCAGCCUGGCCCGAGACCCGAGAUAUGUCACCUUCCUGAGCAAUCCCAAGCUGCGCACCCUCGCGAAAGCCUUGUCCCCGGGCUUCUUGAGAUUUGGUGGCACCAAAACGGACUUUCUGAUUUUCGAUCCCGACAAGGAUUCAACUUUGGAAGAGAAAAUCAUUUGGGACCUUCAGGUGAAGCAAGAGGCUUGUGGAUUAAGAUCUGGCUUUUCGGCCGUCGAGAAGCUACUGCUUGCCCAGUGGCCCACCCAAGAGAAGUUAAUUCUUAAGGAGCAGUACCGGAAAAAGCACAAAAACACCACCAUUACAAGAAACACAGUGGACAUCCUGUACAGCUUUGCAAAUUGCUCACAGUUUCAUCUCGUCUUCGGGCUCAAUGCCUUGCUGCGGAAAAACGACCUGCAGUGGGACAGUUCCAACGCUCGGCUGCUGCUGGAUUACUGCGCGUCUCAGAGGUACAACAUGUCCUGGGAACUGGGGAACGAGCCAAACAGUUUCAGGAAGAAGUCUGGCAUUUACAUUGACGGUUUCCAGCUAGGACAAGAUUUCAUUCGCUUACGUCACCUGUUGAACGACUACAGCCUCUUCCGGCGGGCGAAACUCUACGGUCCUGACGUGGGGCGGCCGCGGAAGCACACGCAGAAGCUGCUGCGGAGCUUCCUGAAAUCGGGAGGGAAGGUGAUUGAUUCUGUCACUUGGCAUCAUUACUAUGUAAAUGGACGAAGUGCUACAAGAGAGGAUUUCUUGAGCCCAGAAGUGCUGGAUACCUUUGCCACAGCUAUACAUGAUGUCCUUGAGAUUGUCGAUGGAACCGUACCCAGUAAAAAGGUGUGGUUAGGAGAAACCAGCUCAGCAUACGGAGGUGGAGCUCCCAAACUGUCCAACACAUAUGUCGCUGGCUUUAUGUGGCUGGACAAACUUGGACUUUCAGCCAGGCAGGGAAUUGAUGUGGUGAUGAGACAGGUGUUCUUUGGAGCAGGAACCUAUCAUCUGGUGGAUGCAAACUUCGAACCUUUGCCAGACUACUGGCUUUCACUGUUAUACAAGAAUCUGGUUGGCACCAAGGUGCUGCACGUUAGCCUGAAGGGAGCCGACCAGAAGAAGCUCCGCGUGUACCUUCAUUGCACAAACAUCCACCACCCAAAGUACAGAGAAGGGGAUGUUACCUUGUUUGCUUUAAACCUCUACAAUGCUACCAGAUAUUUGCAGCUACCUGACGGCUUGCUUAGCAAGCAUGUAGAUGAAUACCUUCUACUACCUCACGGGAAAGAGAACAUACUUUCCAGGUCUAUUCAGUUGAAUGGCCGUGUCCUAAGGAUGGCGGAUGACAAAAUGCUGCCGGCACUUAAUGAAAAACCCCUUGGUCCAGGGAGUAUUCUCGGCCUUCCAGCUUUUUCUUAUGGGUUUUAUGUUAUCAAAAACGCCAAAGCUACUGCUUGCAUCUAAAUGUCUACUACACACUUGUGGGAUAGCUGUAGUAGCAGUUAGCUAGUAAUUGAUACUAGAAAUUCACAUUUCUAUAGUGAGAUCUAAUUCUGGCAAUCGAUUCAAAUCUGCUGGUGGCACUGGUAUUGUUUGUGGGGUAGACAUGAAGUCAUACUGUAUAGUUUGUACGUAAAACACAUGCUUGCUGGGCUUCAAGAGCAAAUUUUCAAGUAGAGGAGCCUCAGAUAGAGGGGUUUUUUUUUCUUCGUCUGGCCUGCAUCAGUACAUUUGAUAGCAAGACCCUUCUCUAAUCCGUAUGUUAAACUGCAUAUGUUUUUUUCACACUGCAAUUUCAGGUCUGCCAGCCAGAAACUUCACCAUUCCCUUAUUUCCUGGUUUAUGUAAGCACAGUUUUCAGAGCAGCUGAUCUAAAAACUUUUCUUCAGAAAAGGUUAGGACAGUUUUACACACACACACACACACACACACACACACACACACACACACACACACACACACACACGCUAUGGACCUCUUUGAUCUUAAGGCUGCUCACAACUCGGCUUCUCUCGUUCGCUGGCAAUCACUUCGGGAGGGACAAAAAAAAGCCAGGGAUGCAUUAAAAAAAGAAAAGAAGGUGGAAUGUCUGCAUGGGAAUUGCCAUCAGGUAAAAUGCCAUUCAGAGAAGUAAAAGCUGCCAUCAGAUUUUAGGCAGCUCCCUGGCCGACAUAACUUGUCCACACCUGUCUCCUAAGUUAUGAUAGUCAGGUCACAAGAUGGAGCCCUGCAUUUUCCAAACACACGUUUCUUCACAAAUAAAGCACUGUUGCUCCUUCAGAACAGCCUGCAGUCAGUAUUGCUUUAAAAGCCGAUCUCCUAGGGAGGAGAGGGACGCGCCACUGCUCCAGGAAACACUCUUUUCCCAUGCAGGACAGUGCUUUGCAUAGUGAGGGCUCAUGACUCCAUUGAAUAAUGCAAAAAUCAUCACCUUUGAAGCAGCUUUUAUGGUCAGGAGCUUGCCUAGUUGAAGAAAAUUCAGCUUCACAUAACUGUGCUUUUUCCUCUCUAAGUCAGUCCCGAAGGCUGAUUUUUUUUUUUUUUUUUUUUUUUUUUUUUUGAUCGGGUGUCUCUUGUCCUGUCCUUAAGGAGAAAUGGGAGCCUAAAGCCACUGAAGUCAUGAGAAAGCUUUCAGUGGCCUCUGUAGCAUGCUGAGAAUAAAUCUGGCUGCCAGAUAAGCCAACACAUUUUCCGCUGCUGGGAUGCAGACGGCACCUCGUUGCCUUACUGAGCCACGUAAAGACUCCUUUUUCUAGGAGAGAGAAGUUUCAGCUAGACAUUUCUGCUCAUGGUCAGCUCUCUGAGCCACUUAUUUUUCUCUCUGCACAUGCUUCUCCAGUCGCACCUUUUUGUGGGUUCAGUGUACCACAGGCUCCUUUUUCUCUCAUAAACAUACUGUAAAUGCGCAAGUUAGCAAAAGAGGUCGAAGUGUAACUAUUGUCUCUCACAGGUGUUUGGUUGCAUCCGCUUUUCUUGAAAAUAUAACCUAUGCUAUUCCCAUCUCCUUAUGAUAUUUUGAGCACAAGAGCAGAAAAUAACACACAACUGCAUUUCCCCUCGUAAGCUUUAAAAGGGUGCUACCAGCUAAAUGGAGUUCCAGUGCAGGGUGGCAAGGAGGUUGAAUUUUUUUAAUGAAAAGGUGUUAAAAACACAAAAUUGAUAGAUAGGCUUAUGAAGCUGUUAUCAAAAAUGGCCAUAAUAUAUAGGUUGGGUUUAACUUCAAAUGCGUCAAAGGUAUAUUUGCAUCUCCAACAGAGAGCAUUGUGCAAAGGCUUAUAUACCAGCAAGUAAUACAGACCAAAAAGAAAAAUCAGGGAGGCUAAGUUUUUGUUUACAUUGCCCAAGCUCAGCAGAAGAAGUAAGUCGACGCAUAAGGUGAUAGAGAAAAAAAAUCUUAGACCUGUCAAUAUGAAGUGUUACAGCUUAAACAUAAAAUUUAUUCUUUGCCUGGUAGCUUCUUUUUAGAACUUUCUAACAGCUUUGUUUAUUUUAAUGCUUGUAUAUGACUUUUAUAUUUGAAUAUUUUUAUUAAAGUAAUUUAUACCAA